GCGUUGGCUUUUGCCCCUGUUCUUGAGCGGAAGAGUUGCAUUAUAGGUGAUCAAAGUGGCUCUGGAAAAACUUUAGCAUAUCUCUUACCAGUCCUACAACGUCUUAGACAAGAAGAGCUCCAAGGAAUUGACAAAUCCUUGCCAGAAAAUCCCCGAGUUGUUAUAUUGGUGCCUACAGCUGAGUUAGCUCCUUGUUUCUCAGUGGAGGAUGGGUGUAGUGUUGUCUUCUACAUCCUUUAA